CCAAUCAGAGGCCCGCUGGCGGCCCGGGAGUUCCCUCGGGUUGCUACAGUUUAAACCCAACAUUCGGAGUCAGCGGCGCGCUUAAAGGGGAAGCGGCCCUGGUGGAUGCGGAAGAGGGGAUCCUGACGGCCGAAGCAAUGGGUGCCAGACGUGAUCCCCGGAGGGGAUCCUACCCUUGGACCAGGCUGGGCCUCUGCCUACGGCCGCUGCUGUUUCUGGGGCUCUGUUGCUGGCAAACGCGCGGGGUGGCAACCCCUGAUCAGGUGAAACCCAUGAUCACGAUGGAGCAGCUCCUGUGGGUGAGCGGCAGCGUCAUUGGGGAGGUGAACACCUUCAGGGUCCCCCUCAUCGCGGCAACGCCACAGGGCACCCUCCUUGCCUUCUCCGAAGCCAGGAAGCACUCUGCCUCCGACAUUGGGGCUAAGUUCAUAGCCCUCCGCAGGUCGCUGGACAAAGGGGCUACCUGGACGCCGACUUCCUUCAUCGUUGACGACGGUUCCCUGCAGGAUGGCCUCAACCUUGGGGCGGUGGUGGUGGACUCUGAGAAGGACAUUGUGUUCCUGGUUUAUACGCUUUGCGCUCACUACAACAAAUGCCCCACGGCCAGCACCAUGAUAAUUCGCAGCCGCGAUGACGGCGUCACAUGGAGCAUCCCCCGGAACCUCUCUGAGGAGGUUGGCACUACUAUGUUUGCCCCAGGACCAGGCUAUGGCAUCCAGAAACAUUACGAGCCCAAGAAGGGGCGUUUGAUCGUUUGCGGCCACGGGACGCUUUUGCGGGACGGGGUCUCGUGCCUCCUCAGCGACGACCACGGCUUAAACUGGCGAUACGGGCGGCAGCCCUUGCGCGGGAUCCCUUACGGCAAGGAGAAGCUGCUCAGCGACUUCAAUCCCGAUGAAUGCCAGCCCUACGAGCUUCCUGACGGCUCCGUGGUCAUCAAUGCCAGGAACCAGAACUUCUAUCACUGCAGUUGCCGCAUUGUGAUUCGCAGCUAUGAUGCCUGCGACACCCUCCCGCUGGAGAACGUGACAUUUGACGGCACCUUGGUGGACCCCGCUGUGGCGGCCGGAGCCCUCGUCAAAUCCGGCCUCGUCUUCUUCAGCAACCCGGCCCAUGAAAGGCAGCGGGUGAACAUGACGCUACGUUGGAGCUUCACCAAUGGCUCUUCGUGGUGGAAGGAGCCCCUGCAGAUCUGGAGCGGCGCCAGCGGCUACUCCUCGAUGACGUCCCUGGACGGGGCUGCCCCGGAGGACGCUCACAGCCUCUUCAUCAUUUAUGAGAAGGGGCGCCUCCAGUCCACCGAGAGCGUCUCCGUAGUCAAGAUCAGCAUCAACGGGGAGCUCUGACCGCACUUUCGGGCCCUCGGCCGUCCCCUUGCCCCAUGUGCCUUGUAGUCACACUUGAAGCUCUGCGAUUGCCGGGUUAGGAUAGAAGGGAAUUCUUGGGGAGGAAUCAGCAACGUUGGGUGGGAGGGCUCGGGGCAGCGAUUCGAAGGGCAUUUGGCAGAAAAUACUCUCUACAAGCCUCCCUGGUGGGCAAUGUAGGCCCAAGCCAUUCCUUUCCCCACAGUGACGUUGGGGCUGCCGUUCUACCUCAGAAACACUCCGGAUUUUAGAUGCUGCUGUUGAAUUUCUGGGCGGGUGGAGGUUGCGAAGGAGAGGGGUGGGGAUGGGUGAGGGGGUUGGAGAGAUGGAAGACUGAUGACGAUGAAAGUAGACGGAUGAAGAAGCACGCGAUUAAUAUACAUUGGUUUGUUUUCUAAGUGGGAUCAACCGGAAAGAGGAGAGCCGGGAAGUUUCGCGAUGAAUUAAUAAACUAAUUGAUGCACCUUUAA